UCUGGGGGGCUGCUCUGCGGAUGGGGGGGCGAGGGGGAGGCCCUUGCUGCCUCCUGUGCGCAUGUGCGGCUCCCAGUCUCUACCUGACUGUUCGCUGUUCUGCCCGCGGGUUGUCAGCCCAGCGCCCCUGGUCUCUCAUCGCCCUUCUCCGCUCCGCUCCGCUCCUGUCGAUCGCACCAUGUCGGAAGGGAAUGAGCCCCCGAGGGGAGGCCCGAAGGAGCCGGAGCUGCUGGUGCUCCCUUGUGAUCGGGCCAUGUCCGAAGGGAACGAGCCCCCAGGGGGAGGCCCGAAGGAGCCGGAGUUGCUUGAGCCCCCGGGCACCGAGGGCGACAGGGCCCGGGACAGGGAAGGGUCUGAACAGAAAGACGCCCCGCGGCCGGGCCCGAAGGAGCUGGGGCUGCGGCUGCUGCUCCCCGAGCGGGAGCGGGAGCGGGAGCGGCCCGAGCGCAAGGAGCUCCCGCGGCCGGGCCCGAAGGAGCUGGAGCUGCUGGUGCCCGCGGCCUGCCUGGCGCGCGUGCUGAAGCAGGUGGAGGAGGAGGACGUGCCGCUCAAGGGGAUGCCGGGGCUCCCGGGCUUCUCGGGCGGCUCGGGCCUCCUCACUCUGGAGGAGGCCCUGAACCUGGGCGAUGCCGACCUCGCCCACCUGCUGGGGCUGGCGGACGACGAGGAGAAGUGCCGGCAGAUCCGCAAGCAGUACCGGCAGCUCAUCCACAACGUCCAGCAGAACCGCGAGGACAUCGUGAACACGGCCAGCGACUCGCUGACCGAGGCCCUGGAGGAGGCCAACGCCCUCUUUGACACGGUGAGCCGCACUCGGGAGGCCGCUCUCGAUGCCCAGUUUCUCGUUCUGGCUUCCGACCUGGGAAAAGAAAAGGCAAAGCAGCUCAACUCGGACAUGAGCUUUUUUAACCAGGUGGCUUUCUGCGACUUUCUGCUGCUCUUCGUGGGUCUGAACUGGCUAGAAGCCGACCGGGAGGCGCUGACCGACUGCGACGACAACAUGGCUCGCUCCUUCUGGGAGACUGUGCACAAAGAAGCCACCUGCUGGAUCCUGCAAGCCGACACCUUCCAUUUCAUGUUUAGUUCAUUCAAGACGGACUCCUCUGCACCCAAGCGCCGAGUGGAGUACAAGAGGAAGGCUCCCAAGAUGGAAGAAAGCGGGGAUAUGCCUACAAAGCUGAGGCGGAUGGACCUGACUUGCAAUCAAGAAGCGACCGAAAAAGAAGUAGAGAGAAUCCUGGGGCUGUUGCAAACAUAUUUCCGAAAGUACCCAGACACUCCCGUGUCCUAUUUUGAGUUUGUGAUUGAUCCAACCUCUUUUUCUCGUACGGUGGAGAACAUAUUCUAUGUUUCUUUCAUUAUAAGGGAUGGUUUUGCAAGAAUAAGGCUUGACCAAGACAGGCUGCCUAUAUUAGAACCCAUUGACAUUGACCAAAUGGGUGAGGGCAGUGAUUUCAGUUUCCAUAGCCGUAAGCAGGGAAUUAUAUCGUUGAGCUUACAGGACUGGAAAAAUAUCGUGGCCACCUUUGAAAUUUCAGAGGCCAUGAUCAAAAAAUACUGAUCAUACUAAAGUUUUUCGUUCUUAGUACAGGAUGUAUCUUGUAGUAUUUUCCAAAAGUUCUCAAAGUGAAGAAUAAAAAUUCAGAAGCACAUAUUGUAUCUUUUGUAAAGUGAAAAAGUAUUUUUGAGAACUUCAGAAAUUGUUUUACUGUGCAGUGUAUUUUUCUUGCUGGUUUAUAAGGUUGUUGUAGUGUGAUUAAAAAAACACAAGUCACUAAUAAAGUCAGUUUUGAAUUUCAUUAAAGGUAUUUGAUAAUUUGCAGAAACAUCA